AUGGCUCCUCACGCCGAGAACCCAGGGAAGACUAACUCUCAUCUGUGGCCUGGCCGACCAUCAGGGAAGACUAACUCUCAUCUGUGGCCUGGCCGACCAUCAGGGAAGACUAACCCUCAUCUGUGGCUAGGCCGACCGUCAGGGAAGACUAACCCUCAUCUGUGGCCUGGCCGACCAUCAGGGAAGACUAACCCUCAUCUGUGGCCUGGCCGACCGUCAGGGAAGACUAACUCUCAUCUGUGGCCUGGCCGACCGUCAGGGAAGACUAACUCUCAUCUGUGGCCUGGCCGACCGUCAGGGAAGACUAACUCUCAUCUGUGGCCUGGCCGACCGUCAGGGAAGACUAACUCUCAUCUGUGGCCUGGCCGACCGUCAGGGAAGACUAACUCUCAUCUGUGGCUAGGCCGACCGUCAGGGAAGACUAACUCUCAUCUGUGGCCUGGCCGACCAUCAGGGAAGACUAACUCUCAUCUGUGGCCUGGCCGACCAUCAGGGAAGACUAACUCUCAUCUGUGGCCUGGCCGACCAUCAGGGAAGACUAACUCUCAUCUGUGGCCUGGCCGACCGUCAGGGAAGACUAACUCUCAUCUGUGGCCUGGCCGACCGUCAGGGAAGACUAACUCUCAUCUGUGGCCUGGCCGACCAUCAGGGAAGACUAACUCUCAUCUGUGGCCUGGCCGACCAUCAGGGAAGACUAACUCUCAUCUGUGGCCUGGCCGACCAUCAGGGAAGACUAACCCUCAUCUGUGGCCUGGCCGACCAUCAGGGAAGACUAACUCUCAUCUGUGGCCUGGCCGACCGUCAGGGAAGACUAACUCUCAUCUGUGGCCUGGCCGACCGUCAGGGAAGACUAACUCUCAUCUGUGGCCUGGCCGACCAUCAGGGAAGACUAACUCUCAUCUGUGGCCUGGCCGACCAUCAGGGAAGACUAACUCUCAUCUGUGGCCUGGCCGACCGUCAGGGAAGACUAACUCUCAUCUGUGGCCUGGCCGACCAUCAGGGAAGACUAACUAUAUAUAG